GGGUUUUCCUUCAGCAGCUCAGUUAUGCAUUGUGCUACUUCUGCUCUGAAGCCACGAAGUAAGAGCUACAUCUCAUGCCCAGCUGAGGCUCAGCCUCUCCGUAGGAGGGUCCACAGAGGGUACGAAGCUAUGAAAAACCUGGGAAGGACUUCUCUGAAGGCUGGGUUUGGCUUUCUCUCCUUUUCUCCGCCAUGUCUUCUCACAAGACUUUCAGAAUCAAGCGCUUCCUGGCUAAGAAACAGAAGCAGAACUGUCCCAUUCCCCAGUGGAUUCGGAUGAAAACUGGGAAUAAAAUCAGGUACAACUUCCGGAGGAGACACUGGAGAAGGUCAAAUGUGGGUCUGUAA